AUGGUAAAGCUGAUCACGCUUGAUCCCGGGCAUUUUCAUGCCGGUUUGGUGCAAAAGACGAUGUACGACCAGGUUGAUUCCAAUGUCUAUGUCUAUGCCCCUGCAGGAGACGACCUCCGGCUUCAUCUCGACAGGAUCAAUGCUUACAAUACAAGACCCGAAAACCCGACACGGUGGAAUGAGGUCGUUUAUACCGGUGAUGAUUACUUUGAAAAAAUGCUGGCUGAGAAAAAAGGAAAUACCGUAGUACUUGCCGGCAACAACAGGAAAAAAACAGAUUAUAUCAUGGGGGCGCUCGAUGCUGGUUUAAACGUACUGGCUGACAAGCCCAUGGUCAUUAACAGCACAGGCUUUAACCGGCUUAAAUCAGCUUUUGAAAAAGCUAAAGAAAAAGAUCUCCUGCUAUAUGAUAUCAUGACCGAACGCUUUGAGAUCACUUCAGUACUUCAAAGGGAGCUAUCCCAAUUACCAGGAAUUUUCGGCACGCUCGAAGAAGGAUCGGCAACCGCGCCGUCCGUAGUGAUGGAAAGCGGGCAUUGUCGCGUACUGACGCGCCCGGCAUGGUUCCUUGAUGCCGAUCAGCAGGGACAAGGCAUCGUUGACGUGACUACCCACCUUGUUGAUCUCGUGCAAUGGGAAUGCUUCCCGGAACAGGCAAUUGAUUAUACGAAAGACAUUAAAGAGUACGAACUUCAAAUACUGUUACCGGGAAACUAUAAAAACAGCACAAAGAAAUACCCGGUCGUUUAUUUAAUGGAUUCUCAAUGGGAUUUUCCAUUGGUGAAGUCGUUAUACGGAGAACACUACUUUGACGGCUUCAUACCUGAACUGAUCGUUGUUGGGGUUACAUGGGGUGGAGUGAAUCCAAAUCCGGAUAGCCUGAGGGCGCGUGAUUAUACGCCGACUAAAGAGGCCCGUACGCCCCAGAGUGGCGGGGCUGAUGCAUUCCUUUCAUUUAUGAAGAAAGAACUAUUCCCUUUCGUUGAAACUAAUUACCGUGCAGAUCCGGACAACCGGACGCUGAUGGGUUGUUCGCUUGGAGGUCUAUUUACGUUAUAUACACUUUUCACCCAACCGGAAAUGUUUAACGGAUAUGCGGCAGCAAGCCCGGCUGUUGGCUGGGACAAAGAAGUAUUGUAUAAAUACGAAGCAGCAUUCGCAGCCAAAAAGAUCAAUAAGCCUGUUCGUGUGUAUAUGACGGUCGGCGAUGUAGAACGCAGUCGCCCUGUGUUUGAGAAAUUCGCUGCUAAAAUGAAAAGCAGAUGGCUCAAAUCUGAGGGGCAGGCAAAAGACUCGCUGCCACCGAAUGUGUAUGCAUGGCAAAACCUCAAAGCUGUGACUGACGUAUCACGUACUGGUAGA